AUGGCACUUUUACGCAACAGAGUCAUUGGAUAUCCUGCAUUGGCUCCUGCACCAUCUCCAGCUCUUACUCAGCCCGUACCAACAGCCAAGGCUUUGGUAGAAGCAUCUACGCCGUCCGUGGUGCAAAUAGCUCCUGGGACUGCUACUUCGGCUUUUUCUAGCCUUGCCCAAAGCAUACCGAGCAGCAGUCAGCUCGUUGCAAAUGCCCAGCUGCAAGGUAUUCCCCUUCCCGCACCGGAUUUAUCUAUCAAUCCUACCAUCACGCCGAAGCAGCCGACCCCGCUAAAUUCGUCUCCAAGCAAGACCAGCGUCAAAAGCCGUAAGCGGCGAAACAAGCGAAAGCGGAUUCAUGAUAGCGAGGAUGAAAUCAAAGCCCAUGACACAAGUUCGGAUGAUGAAUUAGAAGAUCAGUUACCGUCUGCGAGGCAAACAAAGUCCGGUCGUCAUGUCAAUCGGCCUACCUUUUUUGCUCCAUCGCCGGAGCCUGUUCCGAUCUCAAGGCAGAAGUCGUCUCCAUCAGGCUCGACAACUACUGCCCCCGCAAAGAGGCGCAGGAAAGUUUAUCGCAAGAACGGAAAAGAAAUAAAUGUCACUUGUCGGCACUGCCAAAGAGGUCAUAGUCCUGUCACCAACAUGAUUGUAUUUUGCGAUGAGUGCAACGACGCCUAUCAUCAGUAUUGCCAUGAUCCUCCUAUCAAGCAAGAACUUAUUGACGACAAAGAUGCACAGUGGUUCUGCAGUGAAUGCCGGCCUGAAACACGGCACCGAGUUUUAUUGAAGCUGAAACUGCCACCUCUGCAAAAGGAUAUUCCUUCAAUCGAAACGCCAGUAUUAUCGAUUCCUCUUGUUGGUGGGGAGCAGUUCACGGCAGAGGAACAACGCGGUUAUCUGUCGUCCCUUUCGCAUGCUGCUCUCGUUGACAUGCUAGUUACUCUCUCCAAGGCGAACCCAGCUCUGCCGAUAUUCCCCGAGAACUUGAAGGAUCUACAACAUUCAAAAUUCGCCGUCGCCGCCGUGACAGCAACGAACCCUGUUGACUCUGCCGAAGUGGCAAUGGAAGCAAAGGAUGCAACAAGUCCUGGUGUUGAUGAAGAAGAUUCUGACGCAGAAUCCGACUCUGGUUCGGAGUACGAAGUAGAAGAGCACCGCCUAUAUCCGCGGUCUGGCAACGGAUUCCAUCUGCCACCGGAGGAAGAUGACUUUGAUAUACUCCUUGAUGAUCCUGCAUGCCCAACAUUCAGCUACACACUGCAUAGCUAUCCUGGGUCAAAUCCUCAUGUCGACACCACGCCGGUAGUACAAGUUGGAGGCUAG